AAAUGACUUCAAGAGUUGGCAAUGUCCUUCUUCUCGAUUAGCUCCAUCUCUCUGUUUUAGCGCUAAAUUGAAAGUACAGCAGUUAACAAGCUUCAAUCUUCUCACCUAAUUGAAUCAUUUUGCUAACUGCAUUGAUCUUCUCAUCUUCUUCUACUGUUUUUGCUGAAUCUGGAGCGAGAUUGAAGCGGAUUGAGAUGCCUCUGGUUCAUUUUCAGCUGAGGAAUGAGUAUAGCUUGGGGCAGCCGGAACUGUACAAGGAUGUAGAUAAAGAAGAUCCAAAAGCUGUACUUGAAGGCGUUGCGGUAGCUGGACUUGUUGGGAUCUUGCGUCAAUUAGGCGAUCUUGCAGAAUUUGCAGCAGAAGUCUUUCAUGGCCUGCAAGAGCAGGUGAUGGUCACUUCCUCUAGGAGCCAGAAAUUAGUGGCUCGUACACAACACAUUGAAGCAUCACUUUCUCCACUUGAGAAGGCCAUAUGGUCCCAAAAGAGCCACCUGCAUUUUGCUUACACCUCUGGUACUCACUGGCGCGCUCGUGUAAAAACUGAAAAAAAUCUUUUUAUAUAUGAUGACUUGCCACAGUUCGUAAUGGAUUCUUAUGAAGAAUGUUCUAGACCUCCACGCCUCCAGUUGCUUGAUAGAUUUGAUGCUGGAGGCCCCGGGUCCUGCUUAAAGAGAUAUUCAGAUCCUACCUUUUUCCGAAGAGCAUCUGGUAUCUCUUCUGAAACAAACUUGGGAAAAGCUUCAAAGCAUAGGAAGGCCCACAGGAGGAAGAAAAAGAGAGCAUGGCAGACAAAUGGGGAGGUCUCUAACAGUGGCUUGUCAAUACGUGAUCAAUAUUCCAGAAAUAAAUUUGCUCCACACUCUGUUGAUGAACAAAUUUCUUCUUCAAGAAAUAUCUCUACAUUUGAUUUCAUGAAAAAUUCCGAAUUGGAAGACCAGUCAAACUCUUUUGAUUCAAGAUUAGGGUCAGGCUACAUAGAAUGUGUUUUCCAGCCAACAUUCACCUUUAACCCUGAAGAACAAGGUUCUGUUGAGCCAUCUAUAUCUGGUAUAGAAAUUCAACAAAGUGACAUGCUUGAUUCAACUUCUCUUGAGGAACAAAUCUUGGCUGAAGAUGAUUAUUUUGAAGAACAUAACUUGUCCAUGGAAAAUGCUGGUCACCGAUCAUCAUGUGUUACAUGGGAUGAGAAAACAGAAAUAACAGAGCCGACAAAUCCUUGUAUUCCUGACGAAGCUAUGGAGGUUCUUCCCCCAAAAUUUGAUGUAGAAACUCAGGAUUCAGAAUUGUCACAUUUGGCGAGUAAAUAUGAAACUGACUUUCAGUUCCAUAAUGGAGAAGAUGAAAAAGGUUCAACCUUCGCUCAUGUAAACCAGCCCGACGAUAUUGAAAGUGAACCGGAUAACUUCGUGGAUGCGCUUAACACUAUAGAAUCUGAGUCUGAAGCUGAUUUAGAUUUUCAAACAAAACGAGAAUUGGAGCAUGAAGUUACAGAACCUGAUCUGUUGAACUCUGAAUCUGGUUCCACAAAGAAAGAAAUGUCCUUUGAUAUACCUAAACCUAAUUCACUUGACACUAUCACUUUAGAGUCGCCUCACAAAGAAGAUGUUGACCAGAAUAAGAUCUCUUCACCACCUCCAACAGGUGGCCAUAUCUUGGACAGCUCCAGUGAGAUUGAGAGUCCUCAAGACGAUUAUUCCAAUGUCAGAUCUAGUAGCUUGGAUUUAUCAAGUUUGAACUCUAGAGAACUUGAUCUGCAAUCCCCAGUGAACGAUAAGCCUCAGAAGCUUCCUGCAAAAUUUGCUAGCACUCAGUCUGUACAAUUUUGGACAAAUGGAGGUUUGCUAGGACUGGAACCAUCCAAACCUCCGGUUUUCAGUGGUUUGAGUCCUGAAGUUCAGGGUUCUGCAACCCAAGAUAAGGAUAACUCACCCGGUCAAGGGGUUGUUGGUCCAUCAAACCGAUUUUCAAAGCAGCACAAGCCAGUCAAAAUUUCUGAGAUUAUUCAGCAAGAUUAUAGUUCUAACGACGAUGAGGCUAUUUUAAACAACACAUUUCAGAGAUUUUCACCAACUUCUUUUGACACUAAUAGGAGAAUUUAUGAAUUCGUGAAUGAGAGAGCUAAACUGGUGCAUUCUACUGAUGCUGGAGGUUUUCCAACUGUUUCCAGUCAUAGGAAUGGUGGAAAUGCUCAGCAGACGGUUGGACUUGCUAAUAGAUUGUUUUCUAAUAGUUUGCAGAGGAAAGUAUUAAGUUUGCAUGAUGAGAAGUCUGAAGCCCCAACUGCCACUAAAAUUGGUCUUCCUGAGCUGAAGACUAAAGAACAUGGUAAAAACCUCAACAGCCUAUCCAGAAAUGGGUCCCUAGAAGAAAAUUCACCUCCAUCUUCCCCUCCAAUUCAACAUAUGAAGAUAUCUUUUCAGCCUCCGGUUGGCUUUGAGAUAUCAAAGCUAAAAUUAAAAUUUCCUGAUGCGAAUCAGUUUCAUGACAAUGGAAGUGAUAUCAUGCCUUCGUUUCAGUUGGUCCCGGAGCCUAGAACUCGUCAUAAUGACAUCAGUUUGGAUUCUGAUGAUGACACGUUUUGUAGAUCAUCUCCUUAUAAUUCUGACUAUUGUAAUAGCCAUCAAUCUGAUGAGUCCAACUCUGAGCAGUGGGUAUCUGAUACUGCUAGUCAAGACAAGGACAAUGAGUUGUAUGAUGCUUUACGUAGAAUCUCAUUAACUGAAUCUAUUUCAACUUCUCAUGAGGAUUCUGAAACAGGCAUUGCAAGAUUUCUACCAAAAAAAGAAAAUGAACUUCAAAACCCAAAUGUUGAAAGUCGUGAGGAACAUUUACACUUUAUUCCUUCUUUUGAGCUUCCAUGUCUCAACACUUUGAACCCUUUAUUUGAGCAAGAUAUGAGAAAAGGGCAGUCAGAGUCUAUUGAGGAGCCUUCACCACUGCCUCCUCCACUCCCCCCAAUGGAGUGGCGUGUGAUGAAAACUAACACGAGCAUAGGAAAAGAAGAUUCUGUAUCUGAAGCUGUUGAUUAUGAAGAUGAGGUGACAUCAUCACUAGGUACUAUCUUUGUGACAACUAAACCAUUCCCGGUUCAACUACAGCCUGAUGACCACCUCUUGCUUAAGACUGACAAGGCACAAUUCCAGAGGAAAGAAAUCAAUCACACAGCAAGUUUCAGGGGUACAAUUACAAAUGAGCAGGAUGAUUUUCUCGAACAAAUUAGAACCAAAUCUUUCAACUUGAGGCGAACAACCACAACGAGGAAUAAUACAGUUCAACCUGCACUCUCAACUACAACUUCUAAAGUGAAUGCAAUUUUGGAGAAGGCUAAUGCAAUUCGUCAGGUCGUCGGAAGUGAUGAUGACGAUACUUGGAGUGAUGUAUGAUUCUUGUUUUGUUAACACGAUCGACAAAAUCCUAUGAUGAGAAUAACCAUUCAUUCCUCUUAAAAAUUUGAAGUUAUUUUUUUAGUUGGGGGGAGUAGGGAGCCUUUUUUUUAUUUUGUGUACAUGGAAAUAACAAUAAUCCAAAGUUCUUUUGUAAUUAAAAUUGUAUGGGUAUUUUUUCUUUGUGUUGUAGUAGCUGAUAGGGCAGCAGCUAGGGCCAUGUUUGCCUUUAAGUUUCAUUAUGUAAACUACACACUAGCGAGCGAUUGACUUUGCCUUGUAAUCUUUGCAUGCAUAAAGGCAGCCAUUUAUUUUGUGAUCUAGGGAUCAGCUUCCUUCUCCCUCCU